GCCGCUCCGAGUUCGGCCCGAGCCCUCCACUGGGCGCUCGGCGAGUCGGCGAGGGUCCCGCCCCCGCCGCCCGUGGCGGGGCCGAGCCGCGCGAGCGCGCAUCCUGCUGCCGCCUCCGGCGGCCGCCGCCGCCCCUGUCCGGACCUGGAGAGAUGCGGGCGCUCCUCGGCCGCGCCGCGGCCUCCCGCGCGCGGCUCGCCGCGCCGCGUGGGGCGCCGCGGGGCUGGCAGGCGCUGCCGGCGCUCGCCUCGCAGACCCGGGGCAUGAAGUUGACGCCGCGGGAGCUGGACCACCUGCGGCUCUCGCAGGCGGGCCAGCUGGCCCAGCGGCGCCUGGCCCGCGGACUGCGGCUGAACCACCCCGAGGCUGUGGCGCUCAUCGCCAGCCAGAUGAUGGAGUUCAUCCGGGACGGCGAGUCCGUGUUUGCCCUCAUGGACAUAGGCAAGCAGCUGCUGGGCCGCCGGCAAGUGCUGCCCGGCGUCGCCCAGCUCCUGCACGAGGUGCAGAUCGAGGCCACCUUCGCAGACGGCACGAAGCUGCUGACGGUGCACUCGCCAGUCUCGGCGCUGGACGGCGACAUGUCCCUGGCGCUGAAGGGCUCCUUCCUGCCCGAGCCGGAGCUGUCCGCUUUCGGGGAGAUGGUGGAAGACGGCGAGGUGCCCGGCGAGGUUCUCAUCGAGGACGGUGAGGGCAUCGAGCUGAACAAGGGGCGCCGCCUCGUCGAGCUUCAGGUCACGAACACUGGAGACCGCCCGAUCCAGG